AAUAACAACUAUUUUCCCAAUUAAAAAAUAUUCGGGCUUUAAUACCCACGGGUUCUGAAUUGCUUAGAACUUUGUUAGUCGGUUCCUUCACGACGAUUCGAUUUUCUGCCGCCGGCCAAUCCGUGUACUAACCGUCAACGGUCAACAUCGAAAAUUCGCCGAGAAAGCAAGUUCAUUCAUCAUUAUUAACCUCAUCCCUUCUCUUCGAACCAUUCAAUCUCGCUUCUAAACACGAUAAAUUGUUGUAUCAUACACUCCAUCUAGAUAAUUAGUUAGUUAAGCUUUACCGUUACUGCAAUGGAUUUCCAGAAUAGAAGGAUUCGGUUAGUAGUAAUUGUCGCCGCCAUCGUUGUUCUUAGCAUCACAGCUGAAAAAUGCAGGGAGCUUGUUGGCGAGGAAGGGUCAUCCCAGAGUGGAAAGUUCACAAUAUUAAACUGCUUUGACAUGGGUUCUGGAACUUUGGCAUGUGCUGUCAAGGAAGGUGUGAAGCUCUAUUUUUACAAUAUUAGAUCAUCUCACGUUGAAAAAGCAAGACAACGAGCGAUUGAGUCUGCCCUUGUUGACGCUGCUAGUCAGGGAAUGUCCCCGACAGAUUCAGCAAAACAUGCGCAGAAAGAAAGUAAAAAGGCGGCGAAAUUGGCUUCCCGUCAAGCCAAGCGGAUUAUAGGCCCCAUCAUCUCUUCUGGAUGGGACUUUUUCGAAGCUAUUUACUAUGGUGGUACAAUCACAGAAGGAUUCCUUCGGGGUACUGGUACUUUGUUUGGUGCUUAUGGGGGAGGGUUCCUGGGGGAGCAAAGCCUUGGUAGAUUUGGAUAUCUUGUUGGAAGUCACUUGGGCAGUUGGGUUGGGGGCAGAAUAGGAUUAAUGAUUUAUGAUGUUGUUAAUGGAGUGCAUUUGUUGUUGCAAUUUGUUCAGACGGGCGAAAUUGAAGUUCAUAAAACAUUAGUUAAUGAAAAUUCUGAUGCCCCAGAAACUUCCUUUGAUGGCGAAGUUCCUAAAUAUGAAAGCUCCACUUUAUAUGAAUCAUCACCUAGUGAAGAAUCUAAUGCCUACGAAUCUACUGAAUAUCAGAACUAUGAAACGUACGAAAAUUCUGAACUGUGAUGAAAAUCGGAAGUUGAUGUAUUGAUAUUUGUUCGAAAGUUAGGUGCAUUUCAAUUUCAUUGUCUUUGCUUCAACAUAGGGUCAUUAGUGUGUAUAAAUUUCACUAUUUUUUAACAUAAGUGCACAUUUCACUGCAUAUAUAUUUUGUCUUCUGACUUCUGAGUAUUGCGCUUGUACAUGCUGUAUUCCAUUCUUGAUCAUCACAGGGAGGUCAUAUGUGAAAUGAUUUUUGUACAUUAAAAUAUUGAUGUUAUAUACGGUUUUUGUGUGUGAGUA